CACGUUUGUAAUGUUUGACAGCUGACGUCAGAGUGAGAGGCACUACGCCGCAGAUCAGCCGACUCAUGUUCUCAUGAUCCAUUCAGCCUCUUAGGACAGUAUUCGUUGCCGAUUUCAGUGUAAAACCACAAACUCAUCCCGCUUGAGGUUGUCUUGAAUCAUAAUGGCCAACGUAACGUUUCUACAUUUAAAAAAUGAACGGUCAAAUCACUUUUGCUAGUUUGCCUGAUCGCUAGCUUAGGCUAGCUUCCAACCGAGCCUUGUUCAUCUUUCUGUUUUAUAAAGAAUAGGAAGACAAUGCAUUGCGCCGACUUUCUCGCUGGUUCUGUUGGAGGGGCCUUUGGUGUUGCAGUUGGGUACCCUUUAGAUACAGUCAAGGUGAGGAUUCAAACGCAACACCAGUACACGGGAGUUUGGCAUUGUAUUCGCUCUACAUGCAAGAAUGAAGGGGCGAAGGGUUUCUACAAAGGCAUGUCCAUGCCAGUCACCACCGUUUCCCUGAGCUCUUCUGUGGUGUUUGGGACCUACAGGAAUAUCCUCCAAAUCCUGGGUCAGCUACGACAUAGGAGUGUGGAUGCUCGACCGGCCAAGCUGGAUAUCUUCCUCUCUGGGCUUGCUGGAGGGGUUGCCCAGGUGUCUGUGAUGUCCCCGGCGGACAUUGUGAAGGUGCGUCUGCAAUGUCAGGGGGUUCCCAUGCAGGGGCACGCUGCCGGGUCGCCGAGGGCCAAGUACCGGGGACCAGUGCACUGCCUGCUGACCAUCGCCCGGGAGGAGGGGGUUCUGGGGCUGUACAAGGGGGCCCAGGCACUUGCUUUGAGAGAUGGCCCUGCCUUCGCCACCUACUUCACCACCUACAAUGUCAUCUGUGAGAAGCUGUCCCCCCCGGGGCAGACCAGGCCAGAGUGGAAGGUGGUCCUGCUGGCCGGGGGUCUAUCGGGCACAUGUGGCUGGUUUGUCGGCACUCCCAUGGACGUGAUCAAGGCCCGUCUCCAGAUGGACUGGAUGGGGGAGAGGAAGUACAAGGGCUUCUUCCACUGCAUCACGGACAGCGUACGCACAGAGGGGGCGGGUGUGCUCUACAAGGGGCUGGCGAUCAACUGCGUGCGGGCCUUUCCAGUCAACAUGUCUGUGUUUGCCAUGUAUGAAGUAGUGAUCCGCCUGCUCAGACCCUCAACCUAGCGGUUCCAGAGCUGUUCAGUUCUACCUCGGUUUCCCAUGACUGUAAGGCCCAAUCCCAUUUCUACCCCUUACCCCUCCCCCUUGUUUUGAAGGGGUAAGGGGUAGACCCCUUACCCCUUCAAAACAAGGGGGAGGGGGAAGGGGUAAGGGGUAGAAAUGGGAUUGGGCCUAAAUUGAUCACGCUUUGGGAAUUGGCUUAUUUUUAUCUUUACAUAUAUGUAUAUUAGGAUGGGAUCAUUUUCUUGGUCUGUAUGUAUUAUUUUUUUUCUGAUGUAGGCCUACGUAUCAUAAUCAAGUUUUUCUCAAAACUUAAAAAAGGGCAUUUUAAAAGUAAGUAAAAUAUCAACAUUCUUGCAUAUUUCUUUAAUACUUAAAAUUUGAAUUGAAUUAGCUUUUAAUGUUUAGAUCUUAAGAGAUGGUACUUCAUACACAUCGCCAUUUCAAUUUUCUGAUGCCAAACAUAAUUGUUGCUCAAAUAUGAAUGCCUCUAUGAGGAGUGCUGGACACAAAACCACAUUUCCCAUGAGCUCUUUUGGCCCAUGUAGAUGCAUACUCUAAACAUAUGCACAUUUUGCUGUGAAAUCCAAUAGAAUAGCUGUCUGGGAAUUCAGUAACAUAUUCAUGUAGCUCUGAAAUUGUAGCCAUACUUGAAACUGUUUGCGCGUGACAAUAUUCCAACCGCCAGCCCAUCAUUAGGCCAUUAACUAUGACUUGAAUUGUAUUAAAUAUCUUCAUUAAUAUCAUUUUCACAAGCUGCGAUUAUGUAUGUGUUCGUAAGGCAGCUGAUGACAAUUGUUGUGGCUUGAAGUUGUAGAAAACACUGCAAUCUACCUCUAUUCAAUGUGUACAUCAUAUUUAAGUAUAGAGCUAUAUUUAAACAUGGUUAAUACUACUACACUAAUUUAUUCAUGGGUGAAACAGAUGUUUAAAAUACUCUGGUCUUUAAAUAUUUUUGAACAUAUUUUUAGACAGUGAAAUGACAAACCUGUUCAGUAAUUAUUAAUAAAGGUUAUAAUAUGUAA